AUGAAGAUCGUUCUGUGCUUUUUCCUUUUUAUAACGCUUUUUAUCUGGAUUCCAGGGUCGGUCAGCCAAGAUGUGGCUGUGGCCUUGAAGGCGUCUCUCUUGUCCAACUAUGACAAAAGUUUGCGGCCGGUCAAGUCAGCGUCUACAGCUGUGAAUGUGGACUUCGACAUCUCACUGAAGCAGAUUAUUGACCUGGCGGAAAAAGAGCAGACAUUCCGAAUCAACAUCUGGCUGCGACUGUACUGGGUGGAUGAGUACCUGACGUGGAACGCCUCAGAGCACGGCGGUGUGGACUCCUUAACCAUCCAUUCCUCCGACAUUUGGAGGCCUGACAUCUUCCUCUACAACAACAUAGCCGAGACGUACGGUGCCAUAGAGCCCAUCACGGACGUCACCGUGACCAGUGACGGACGGGUGUCAUACCUCCAGCCCGCCAUCUUUACCAGCGCGUGCCUAGUGGACAUCACGAAGUUCCCAUUUGACAAACAGGAAUGUCUCCUGGAGUUUGGGUCUUGGAUCUAUGAUGGCGGCAAGGUGAACAUCUCCCUGGUGAAUCCCACUGCAGACCGCGGCAUAUUUACCCUGAACGAGGAAUGGAUCCUGAAUGGAGUACCCAUGACCAGACUGGUGACCAUCUACCCCUGCUGUCCCGACCCUUACGUCACGAUCGUCCUCACCUUGCAACUGGAACGUCGGUCCUACUUCUACAUGUUCAACAUGGUUCUCCCCUGUAUCAUCCUGAUGGUUUUAAACGUGUUCGGCUUCUACAUCCCCCCGGACAGCGGCGAGCGGCUGGGAUUCUUUAUCACCAUCCUGCUGGCUCUCGUCGUCUUUCUCCAGGUUUUGUCGGAUUCUCUGCCAAAAACGUCAACAACUACUCCUCAGCUUGGCCAGUUCUUUGCCGCCACCAUCGCGCUGGUGGGCGUCUCGUGCCUGGCCUCCAUCGUGGUGAUCCGCCUGUCCUACAGCAGCCCGCCCUCCCGCCCGCUGCCCCGCUGGCUCCGCCUGCUUCUGCUGCGCUACCUGGCUCGCCUCUUCUGCAUGAACACCAUCGCGGAGGAGAAGCACGUGGUUCACCCCGCCAAAGAGGGCGUCGAUAAUCUCGUCUUCACGGACUACGACAGCGACACCAGCCAGCAGAAAGCCAAGGACGCGCUGAGUGUCUCGCUCGACCUGUCUGUGCGCGAGAUCACACGCUACAGCCGAGAAUACUCGGCCCAAGCCCGGGAGAAGAAAGAGGAAGAAGAGGACCAGGACGAGUGGAAGAUGGCGGCCCUUGUGUUGGACAGGGCCUUUUUGUAUCUCGUUGGCCUGGCAAAUAUCAUCGUUUGUGUCGUGCUACUCCGUUAGGUCAUCUGACUCAGUUGUGGACGUCAAGAUAAGGAACUAUAUACCUUGUGUUCAUGGACAAAGAAGCGAGUAUUGAAUAUUUGAUUUGAUUUUGAUCUAAUUUUGUCGUCCUUGCUGCCAUCUGUGCCAUAUCAAUUCUGUUCGAGCGUGAGUGUGAUUUUUUUUAAACAAAUUUAAAGUCCUCAGUAAAAUUUAAGGAAUACAUUAGAGUAGAAGAUGUAUGUAAUUGCGGUAGUAUUUCAUGUGGAACAAUAAAACAAAACAAGCAAACAGGCUGUUUGACAUGAUUUGUGGUUGGGAUGAAAACGGCCGGUGUUGUGGUGUAACAGGUACAGACCCUCUCUGGUGUCAGUCUGGCGUCGGUACAACACAGCUCGCCCGGACGGGCACAUUCUCUAACGUC